GGCUGAUUUAGGGGAUUGUGUGCAUUAUAUAAGACUGAAGCCUGUCCACUCUUACCUGCAGACCUGCUCCGUAUCUACUAAACAACAAGCUUCCUCUUUCGUGACUUGUUCAGACAAACACUGCAGCAAUGCCUCUUCCUGGUGCAUGCCUGAACAUUAUGGAGGCUCGUCACAAGCAGAAGGGAUAUGGGAGCAUCUCCAACCCUGAGAGGUUCUUUAACCAAGACUUCAAGAACCUGAAGCAGUACUGUCUAAUCAAAGGAGUAAGGUACCUCGAUGACAUGUUCCCUCCUGAUGCAAAGUCUAUUGGCCAGGGGAUACUUAAGCCCUCUGAACUGGCCCACGUGAUGUGGCUAAGACCUGCCCAAAUUGCUCCUGAUGCUGAAUUUGUGGUUGAUGGCUACUCCAGAUUUGACUUUGGUCAAGGUGUACUUGGAAACUGCUGGUUUCUUGCAUCAAUCGGCGCGCUGACUUUCCAGAAUCACAUCUUUCAACAAGUUGUUCCCCUCGACCAAAAAAUCAAAGAGAACUACUGUGGCAUUUUUCACUUCAGGUUCUGGAGAUUCGGGCGGUGGGUGGACGUCGUCAUUGAUGACAAGUUGCCGACGAUCAAUGGCAGACUAAUCUUUGUUCACUCCAAAGAUCCAAAUGAGUUCUGGCCUGCUCUGCUGGAGAAAGCUUAUGCCAAGGUUUGUGGUUCCUACACCGACAUGACUUCUGGAACUCCUUCAGAGGCUAUGAUGGACUUCACCGGUGGCGUCCACGUGUGCGUCCAGCUGUCGGAUACCAGUUCAGAUGUGUGGGGGCUGAUAUGCAGAGCUGGCAAAUCCAACACAUUGAUGGGCUGUGGUACACCUCAAGGGGAAACAUCUGCUAACACAGUUUUGCCAAAUGGACUGGUCCAAGGGCACGCCUACACUGUGACAGGGGUUAAAGAGCUUAUUAGCCAAGGAAAAGUUGUGAAGCUGAUCCGUUUGUGGAACCCCUGGGGUAAAGGAGAGUGGGUAGGAGACUGGAGUGAUCGGUCCCCCAUGUGGGACACUGUGAGUUCUCAAGACCGCCAAAUGUGCCUUUCAGUGGCCGAUGAUGGAGAGUUUUGGAUGGCAAUUGAAGAUUUCUGUAAGUUCUACACAGAUCUUGACAUCUGUGGCCUGAAACCAGACUUCAUAGAUGGAAAAUCCUCUGCUCAGUGGAAGACCUCUGUGUACGAGGGUCGGUGGGUUGCUGGAACCACUGCUGGAGGCUGCAUAAAUAACAGAGACACUUUCUGGACAAAUCCACAGUAUCGAAUUAAGGUCGUAGGUGAAAACUCAGAGACCAAUGGGGAGAAAAACAUUCUAGUGUCUCUCAUGCAAAAGCCUGACAAGAGGAACAGACGCCUGGUGCAGAACCUCCACAUUGGCUUUGCUGUAUAUUUGGUGACCGAAGACUACAAAACGCAAAGUGGGAAGUUUCCAGCAAUGUUCUUCAACACCCAUCUGCCUGUUGCUCGGAGUGAUAAAUACAUGAAUGCCCGUGAGGUGAUAGAGUUCCUUAUGCUGAAGCCUGGUGAAUACCUGAUUGUGCCAUCCACCUUCAGACCCAAUGAGACAGCCUCCUUCAUCCUCACCAUCCACUCAAGAGAAGAGACAUGUUGCUAUGAGAAUUCAAAUGCAAAUGAGCAGAAAUAUGAGCCAGUUGAAAAGGUCACAAAAGUAAAAAACCAUCAGGAUGAAGAAAACAAGAAAACAUUCUUCCGUCAAUACUCUGACAAGUAUGAAGAAGUGGAUGCUGAGCAGCUCCAGAGGGUUCUAAAUGAAAACAUCCUGAAAGGAGACAUGAAAUCUGGAGGGUUCAGCCUUGAUGCCUGUCGCAGCAUGGUGGCUCUAAUGGAUACAUCAAUCACAGGCAAACUAAACAGUGAGGAAUUCGUCCGUCUGUGGAACAAGGUCACUAAAUACAAGGAGACUUUCUUCCUCACCGACGUUUCAAAAACAGGAACGCUGUCACUGAGUGAGCUGAGGAAUGCAUUUGUAGCUUCAGGAAUGAAGGUUGCAGAUGACAUGCUCAGUCUGAUGGCUCUGCGCUAUGGCGCCUCCUCUGGACACAUGACACUGGAGUGCUUCAUCAGUCUCAUGAUUCGCUUGGACUGCAUGAAGAAAAUCUUCAAACAGUUGUCUGAUGGAAAAUCCAUUAAUCUCAAGGAGUCAGAGUGGAUGUACGUUUCCAUGUACACUUAAGCCACCUGAAAGACAGAUGCACGUUUUAUCUGGAAAGCACAAGGAGAUAUUUCAAAAACUUGUUUUCUGUGAAUUAGCUAUAACACUUUAUUACUUUGAAACAACUAAACACAAUAAUGUGAAACUAUAACAAACACUAUCAUAUAAAGCUGUAAACCUUAUGCCUCUUUGCAUAUUAUGUCAUGCAUAUUAUAUCAAUGACUGAAUAACUGCAUUUUUUUGUGAAUAGUACUGCAAACUUGUCAAUCUGUGUUUUAUAAUAGAAACAAAAUACAGA